ACGAUGCUAUGGGUGCGCCCUGUACUGAAAUAAUCUGACCAUUGUGUAGCCAGCCUUAUCGAAGUUUGUCGCAUUCAGUGGUUAGUCCUGAAAGAAAGCCAGGACUUAAUUUGUGGACAUCAAUAUGAUGAGACUGUGAUUAAAAUAGUGCAGUGUUACAGUGAAUUUCUAACACUUUUGGACAAAAACCUAAUUAUCUAAGAUUAACAUCAUGUAUCAGUACAUAUCACUGGCUUUGCUUGUCAUGCUGGGCGGCGCCCACGCCCAGGUCACUGCUCAGGCCAACGUUGCGCCCGAUCUAAGAGAAUGCUACACGAACCCUAUCUUGAUGGACAGGAACAACCUGCCACCCCCCUCCGUGAAUACUCUCGUAGACAUCAUACAGAAAAUCGAGGACAGUCCCAAUGUAAAUGUAGAUCUACGGAUGCUAUCCGUCCUGUUACUACACACGUAUCGACAAGAUGGUAUCGAGUACCACGCACCAGAAUCUGGUACCACCUCUUCUUCGGUGUUGCCAUUCGCACCAACCUUUCACUCGUUCUACCGUCAUAGACUGUUGUUGACCAAACUGAUUCCCAGCAAUCUUCAAGCCUUGCCCAACAACACAUUACCUUCAACGUUAAAAUGCGCCCUUCACCACAUGCUCUCUACGACGAUCGACGCUAGAGUCCGCGGCGAUGAGAACACUUGCGGCCAGUUCGCGGAAUACCGCGCUCUCAGGACGCCCCGCGCUGCUGGAGUUGCUGAAGACGUCGAGAUAUUCGCGCCUGUCCCCGAAAUUGAGGAUACUGAAUACGGUCAAAUGAGACAAUUCAACCCUGACGCAGAAGUAGAAUUCAAUGGUAACUACGGCUCAAUGCGGUCUGCUCGUCAGCUGAUGGGAGAGAGUACCUGCCCCAUACUGGAUGGAGUCAUACACACGUCGUGGGGUGCAACGUCCGCUGGGAGUGUGAUCGCAGGAAUCGCAGCCGGGGCAGAGCUGCAGACCGUCUCCUUGUCGGAACUCACGAAAGGCACGGUACAGACGUACGACAAUGUUCAACAGAAUGUCGUAAACCUUUAUCCAGCCACCUUAUCAGGGGAUUUAGCUGAAGCAGUUCUUAUUCAGGGGACAAGGGCCAGAAAUGACAUUACCAUAGGUAGCGGUGGCAAUUUCAACACAUCCCAAGCACGACGGUACUUCAUGCUGAGCAGUCGUCAGAAUGUGGAGAUGACUGAUCCUGAGAUCCGAGGCGACCUCGACGGUUUCAUCCUUGGAAAUAGAAUGACGAGUAUCCUUCAGACUUACUCCACGUUGAAGUUGUCACAACUGAUCGAUAUGUAUUAUUCCCCUAGGAAUGGGGUUUUUGAUUCAAGUAUUCGAGCAUGCAACCGACGCGAACUCACCACUUCUAUUCUCAGCAAUAAUGCUCUGGUGACACAGACGGAAUCCUUCGCAGCCGCAUUAAACGCCAACAUGCUACUCUCAGGGACAAUAAUAACUGGCCUCACACAACUUGUUACUAGUGCUGUCACCAACUUCCAGAGCUACUCACAGAGUAACAUGAACGAUUUGAGCUGUACGAUAACGGAGUCUGCGACUGAUGUGCGGUCGCGCACAAAUUUAUAUAUUGUCCUCGACGCAACUUGGCCAUAUGCAACCAUUUAUCCAGCAAUUUCCUACCUUUUGGACAGCAUCGAAGUUGGCAAGUUUGGAUCAAGUGUAACUCUACUAAGCGCUUUCGAUGGAAGCGUUGUUGUCAAUAAGACAUUCAGUCCUGCAGAUUUCCAUUCGGAGUAUACGUUACUGAAGCAUCAGAGUAUGAUGACAGGUGUCAACUUAGAAACAGCUUUUACCAAUAUCCGGACUAUGAUGCAUUGGUCACUUCUAAACGAGACAGCCACGAAUUACGUUGGGGGCAACUCCUCUGUUCUUCUGUUCCUACUUAACUCUGGAACUAUCCAGAAUACCGAGGCUACUUACCAACAAGCCAAACAGUUAAAUGAGACUGUUCCUGACUUAAAGGUAUUGUUUGCUACAUCUUCUAAUCAAAUUGAUAACCUUUGGAACUUAGUAAGAGACAUGCACGAUGACAUUCAUACGAUUUCUCUAACAUCAACUGGUGUCGGUGUGGGAGAUAGACUUGCUGCUGUCUUGAACCGAAUUAAAUUAGCCAACAGAAGAAUUAUUAAUCCUCUUUGUAAUUUUGAGUUUACUGCCGGAUCAUCUGGGCUCAGACAAUUCGAUGAUUUCAUUGAACCAGGCUACAUUCAAUUCUAUGCAGUGAGCCCUAACUAUUUCUUUGGGAAUAACGAUAAUUCUAAAAUUCGUAUUUCUCGUACUUCAGCUGGCUCUGGAACUCUUACUGUUUGUUACUCUAGAACCAUUGUGCAACCCAGGCGAAAUGGUACAAUCAUCGGCGUUGACGAUAAUCUGAUAACGUGUGAGGACUUAGCAAGUUCUGGAAAUAUUGAGAUAAGUCUACAAAAUGCAUGCGGCGGAUAUCCCGCUGUCGGCUCAUGUCCACCGAUGUACAUCUCCGUUCAGGCGGUUGCCGUCUCCACUACCUCUAGCGCUAUAUGUACAGAUAACCGUUUGUGCCGGUUCCCAUACAACAUUCGUUUCACCGUGCAAGUAGAAGAACUGCAGUGCUACAGUAGCGCUACAAACAUUGGAGCCAGCAUCCUAUUUAUUGUUCUUGCUGCUCUUUUUAAUUUGUAAUCCCGCCAAUAAACACGUAGAAUUAUUUUUAAAGAAUUUAUUUAUGAUCACAUAUAUAAAAGACAUAUUUUUGUACCUAAGUGUACAUAAUCAACAUAAGCUAAUAAAUAUAUUUAGGUAGUAGGAUUACAGAUAAGUUAGUACUACCAUAAGUAUUAUGUCUUUUGUUUCUUAAAUAUAAUUAAAUCGUAAGCCUAUAAUUUUUUUAUGAUUUUUUUAAGUAACUGAGAUUUACUUUACAGGGUAGGUAGUAAAUAAUAUUUAAUUGCAUAUCUUAGUAAAUAUUGUACAUUUUGAUAAAUUCAUACAUAUGACUUGCAGUUGCGACUUGUAUUUUUACUAAUAAAUUAUAAUUCACA